UGAAAAAUUAUUUACAGAAUCAUUCAAAAUCAAUUUGGUGAAUAGCACAAAUACAUUGUGCUUAAUUAUAUUUUGAAUCAUCGGAGAUUUGUAUCAAAAUGGCGUCCUACUUCCUGUUCCUCCUGCUACCCGCGUUGGCCGUCGCCAAAAUCAACAUCGAGAUCUUCGGCACCAUGACCGGAAACGAGAACGACCUCCAAGUCAAGUACUCCGGAAGUGACGUCAGCGUCAUCAGUGACGUCGAGAGAGCCACCUACAAGAUCAACGACGGCCAGCUGAAAAACGCCAUCCAGGCUUACUUCGGCAAACGCCCUGACGACGCUUUCAUGCGCAGUCCUACACCCUGGGGCGACCUCUACAGGACCUACGGCUGGUCCGAAGUCACCAGGACCUUACGACCCAAAUCGGCCCGCGUCCUCAAAAUCGCUGCCAACCCUGAGAUCCUGUUAGAACAAGUCUUCGAGAACAACAGCACCAAACCCGCAACUUUCAACGUCGGCAUCUCGCAAUCCGUCCAGAACACCAUCUCUUCAUCCUGGAGCAAAGGAGGAGACCUGACCGUCUCCCAGGAGAUUAACUACGGCUUCGACAUCAAGGCUGUCAGCUUCGGAGGCUCCACUUCCUUCUCCUACUCGUCAUCUUGGGGCUACAACUCCGAGAAGUCUGAAAGUGUCACCGUUGGAUCUUCAGCUAGCAUGGAGCUUCUUUUGCUCCCUGGUCAGUCAGUCAGAGCUCAGCUGCACGCGACCCGUGGAAAGGCUUUGGUGGAAGUGGAGUACGAAGCCAGUUUGUCCGGAGCCAUUGCUGUGAACUAUGACAAGGGGUACCGAGGUCACCACUACUGGUCGCUGCCGGUCGGAGGAGUCAUGUCUUCGGGCCAGAUCAGCAACAGUAUCGUCUCCAAGGAGGUCAUUGAGAUCGGAUACUUCUCCAACGCGAAGGUGGUGGUCCACGACAGGGCUAUGGGUACCAAGAUGUUGGAUAUUAACUUGUAAUGUGUGGUUGAUUGAAUAAAUGAGUUUUUUACUUUUUUGUAGAUA